AGUCUUCUUCCCACUUACCAGCACCAAAGGAUGUGAAGGUUUAUUCCUAUAACUUCCAUAGUUCCCUGAGAUGGUCUCCUGUUGAAGUGGAUAGAGGCUUGGUGUUAUAUACAGUCCAUUUUAAAACAGGCGCCUUUGACCGGUGGGAUGAGAUGAACUGCACCCGGAUUGCCCAGACGGAAUGCUCCUUCCCCUGGUCUCCAAAGGAGCGGCACUGGACUUUUUUUUUGCGCGUGAGGGCCGAGCUGGGGCAAGUGACUUCUGAGUGGGUGGAAACAGAUCCCUUUGUGGCAGAGCAAAGCACUACUAUAGGACCGCCUACAGUGAACAGCGUGACUGAAAGGCCUCACUCACUUCUCAUUAGUGUCUCGCCCCCAUUUAGAUCUGAAGCAGGUGACUUGCUUCAGUAUCAUGUGUCCUACUGGGAGAACACAACAAGUACUACUAAAAAAGAAACAGAGACGAGCAAUACACUGUUUGAAAUCAGAAAUCUAAAGGAAUUGACACUUUAUUGUUUUAGUAUUCAAACAGAAUUGAGGACACAUUCGGAGAUCCAGUUACUUGGAGAGCAAAGUGUCCCAGAGUGUCGCAGAACUACCAUCAGUGAGGGAACCAUGGCUGGAUAUAUUAUCCUAAUAUUUAUGGUGGUGUUAGUUUUUCUAAAUCUGGUAACAGUUGGUUUGCUGCUUCUGUGGAGACACCACAAAAGAAUUAAAUAUUGGUCUCAGCCACCUUUAAAAAUCCCGUCGCACUUUGAAGAGUAUUUGAAGGACCCUAGCAUACCUGACUUAGAAGUGUUGGACACUUACACCGAGGACGAUCCCCAAGAUUCCGUAUCUGUUGUGUUUUGUGGAGAAGGAAGUCAAGCCUGUGCCAGUGGUCCAGCUGGCCAAGCUCAUUCACUCAGCACCCGCAGGGACAGCAAAGUAACAUAA